AUGAAAAAUACUCGUCUGUUAACAAUUAAACCUUUAUGUCUGAUUGUCAUACUAUUCUUUCUAUUGCAAGAUGUGUCCGGACGUUUCUGCAAUCCCGAUGCACUGAAUGUUUGCGUUGAUAUAACGACCGACAGCGAAAAUAUUUCAUUCAGUGUGGAGGCAUCGGCUGAUGUAGGGUGGGUUGGCGUUGGCAUUGGCGACAGCAUGGUUGGGGCAUAUUUGAUGAUCGUAUGGCCCAACUCUGAUGGAUCAGUCACGAUAUCGCAGCGAAAGGCGACUACCCAUGAUCUGCCGAACCCAACCAAUCAACAGGCCGAUCUUUCACUUUCUUCAUCAAGCGGAAUACAAGGCAAUAAAUUUGUCGCGACUUUCACUCGGCCUCUACAUGUGCAAGGUUCAACCGUAUCAGCAAGUACCAAGAACUUUAUAUACGCUGUAUCGGAUCAAAAGGUCCCGGAAAGUCGAUAUGAUACGAGUACCUUGCAGCAACAUUUAUACCGAGGAUACAUAACAUUGGGCAAUAACACGAAAUUGAUGACUGCACAUGGCAUAAUAAUGUUUCUUGCGUGGGCUGUUAUUGCACCAACAGCUGUCUUCAUUGCCAGAUUCGGAAGACAGAAACUUCCUAAAUCUUGGUUCCAUCUGCACUGGAGCAUGCAAACAUUUUUGACAAUUCCUCUAGUUAUCAUUGCAUUCGUCCUUGCAUAUAUAGGUCGAAACAAAAAAUUCGAUUCUGGAGUAGCACACCAGCUGUUCGGAGUUAUUAUAAUCAUUGCCCUCGGAAUCCAAUGGAGCAUAGGCAUUAUACAUCACAAGCUAUUCGAUCCUAAAAGAAAGUACAUUCCAUGGUGGACGAAACUCCAUUGGUGGUGGGGACGUAUUGUAAUUACGGCCGCUCUUGUCAAUAUCCCACUUGGAUUACAUCGCUACAGCAGCCUAUUUAGUAAGCUUCCUUUGGGCCUAUUUAUAGCAUAUUAUGUUUACAUCGCAAUGGUUUAUCUAGCCUUUUUUGUUUCGACAUGGAGAAAGCCCAACUACCGUGGAUUACCCACUGCAGAUAGACAUUAA